AUGAGUGAUGAACACUCCAGACCUUUCAAAAAUGUGAUUGACAAACAUUUGGGUUCUUCCGCCGUAGAACAAUAUUGGAUUAGUGCUAAGAAACAACAUAAAUGCCUCGUUGAUUCUAAUGUUACAACUGAGCAUAACAUAUCAAGUAAUCAAUUGACAUCAGAAUUUCAAGAAAUAGAGGCAAAUGUUCAAAAGACCAAAUACUGUAAUGAUGGUUAUACUUCACCUUCGCCACUCAAUGUUAUACCAGGAGGAUACUCUCUGAUUAAUAAUCCAUUUAUUGAAGAUAUUGAAGAAGAUAAAGAUAAUUUAGUAGUUGAUGAUAUUG